CGUCCGUCCCCUCCCCCAAGGAAUCCCUCCAAUCCUCGCACCACGCAAUCCGAAUCCGCCAAAAGCGCAUGGAAGUGGCCGGCGCGGGUACAAAAUCCACGGACGGGUACUGACACCGAUGCCAGUGCGGUACUCGCUGCUAGCUUAAUCAUCAGCCGCCGCUUGUCGCCGACUCCUUCCUUUUCUUCGACUUCGACCUGCGUGCUGUGUGGCCGACGGUGACGGGAUCUUGAGCACGAACGAAUUGGAAAUCCGGGUGUGGUUCUUGAAAGUCGACGUCUCGAUUCCAUCCCGACCUGGGCUGAUUCCACUUCUCCUCCGGCGGCUGCCCUACUCACCUUGCUGCUGCUCCCGACCUUCCUUGUCCCGUUGUCCCGUCUCUCCGUCGUUGCUGCCCGUUGUGGAUGACGACCUAACCACUGACCCCCGUUGUCCCCGUUUUCUCCUUCCCGUUUUCUUCUGGAGCGAGGAAGUGAGUGACUUGGCGGAACAGAACUUGCAUUUACACUUGCCGUCUUUCGGUCUUGCCUUUUCGUCUUUUCUUCACCUGACUCGCCCCCCCCCCUCUUUCCAGUCUUCUCUUCUCUUCACUUCCUCCUUCUUCCACUCCCUCCCCUCCUCUUCCUCCAUCCUUCCCGUCUUCCCUCGGUGCUUCUUCUCAGCUUCGUUCACCCAACUAACUACCCUCCUUCCUCCCCCCAACGACACGACCUGACGCCCCGUCUGGACGUGCCACCACCAUCGCGACCACACGGACCACACCGGUCGGUCAAGAGGGGGAGCCGUUGUCAGCGAGUCCUUAAUUGUGUGCAGUGGUCAAGCCUGCACAUCUGUGACCUCGAUCGACAUCACCCGGCCUCACUUCACCUCUCAUCGCUCAUUGACGCCGGCCGACCGCCGACACUCCCGGGCUCUCAUCUCACUCACCUCACCGGUUGACAACUCACUCUCAACUACAAAGACUACCUGCCGAACGCAUCAUCGCCAUCCUCGCCGUCGACAGGAGGUGAACAGGACGACGCGGCACUGGCAAGAACCAAGGCUAUUUGACGCACACUGCCAGAUGGAAAGUGUGGUCGGGUGCCAGUGUGAUCCCAAUCGCCUCAUCAUCCUACCGUCCCUGACCUAUCGUCUCUUCUCGCCAAACUUUUCGGCAUUUCCCCUCCUCCUUCCAGAACCCAAGGCAAGCACCACUUGGGAUACAGGUGUGACAGCAACACCACACCGACAAGCUGGCUUCAGAUAUGCCGAGGUCGUCCAAGAGUUCGGGCGCCGACGAUCCCAACUUUCGCUUACCCGUCAACCCGCGGCGGAAAAAGGUCGCGCCCGAGCAACGCAAGCGCGUGGCCCUCGCCUGCAACAACUGCAAUGUCAAGCGCAUCAAGUGCUCGGGCGAGAAGCCGUGUCGCCAGUGCACCCAGGCCCAGCGCCAGUGCAUCUACCCCCAGGGCGUUAAAAAGGUUACCGUCCCCCAGACUUACAUUGACGGGCUGCUCGGCAAGAUAGCCAAAUACGAGAGUCAACUCCAGAUCACCAGCAAAGCGGCUGGCGGCAAUGGCAAUGGUAACAGCAAGAUUGACCUCAGCGGCUUGCUUCAGCCGUUGCAGGCUGUCCAGGAAGGGGAUCAGGGCGGCAUGAGCAUCGACUCGCCAGACGGCGUAGGGGCCGCCGGCCAGGCCUAUCUCACCGAAGGCUCGGUCACGUCCACGACGUCGCACUAUGACUACCCUGUCCAUGCACACAACCACAACUUUGAGCCCGCCUUCUCCAUCGAUGAGGACACGGAGAUGCAGAUGGACUACCCCGUCGACGACGGCAGAAUGCUGGCCGAUGCUGAGGGUACCGCUCGCUACCUUGGAGAAACCUCUGGCGCCACCUUCCUUGACUCGCUCAAGGCCUUCAUCAAGACGACGCAGCCGCUGGCCUCCAAAGGUCUCUCUCCCAACCCUGAGACGCCCGACGGCAGCAGGAAUGCAACCUUCCUCAAUUCGGUUGGUCGCUACCAGACGUUCGAUUCCCGGCCUCUCCUGCUUCCGACCAUGGACGUGGAGCCGCGCAUCCCCACGCAGCUGGAAAUCCAGGCCAUGAUCACGCAGUUCAAGACCUUUCUCCAGGACGACAACGGCAAGGCAGGGUGCGGCGGCAUUUUUUUCUGGCCAUUCCAGGACCCCGCCAAGAUGGCGCUACCGGACCAGUCCGGUUUUGGCACUGGCUUCAAGCUGGACACCACUAAACCGCGGAACCACACCGCUCGGGAGCACGGCCAACUGGCAUUGGUCUACACAGCCUUUGCCUUUACCCAUCUGCUGACCCUGACCGAGGAGAAUUCCCGGGUGGAUGGCCAAUUGGGCGAAGCCCACUAUGCGGCGGCUAGGAUGCUGAUCGGAAACCCCCUGGACAUGACGUCCUACACAAUUUACAACGUGGCCGUCUUGGCCCUGAUGGCCCUGUACCUGGUGGAGAACAAUCGCCGAGAUGCCGCCUACAUGGCCAUCAGCAACGCCAUGCAUCUCAGCGUGAUGCACGGCGUGCACAGGGAAAGUUCAGUCACCGAGGUCGAGCGUAGGACUUUCUGGACGGUUUACAACAUCGAUCGCUGGCUGAGCUGCUUGAUGGGUCGCCCACCCGCGGUCCCUCAUCAAGCCAUUACCCUGUCCCUGCCACAGGAAGCCCCGGGCCUUCCUUCGCCGCUUGGGCUGUGUGCACAUGUGGAACUGUCCAAGAUUUCCGCGUACAUCGUCAACAACAGCUAUCGUCAUCAUGCGAACAAGCCGGCCGACGGGUUCGAUGAGCUGCCCUUUUCGGUCGCGAUUGGGAAGCUUGAUCAAUGGCAUGAGAACCUGCCCAAGAGCUUGAAGCUCGAGAAUUUGGAGGAGAGUCCCAGCAACUAUUACUACUAUGCACUCCAACCCGAAGCCGAGGACCCGGCACUCGGUACCGACCGGGCUUUGUUGUCACUGCACAUGGCUUACAAUCAGCUCAUCAUCUUGGCAAUCCGUCCCGCAUUCCUCACCGCCGUUAAGAAGAAGGUGGCCAAUACCUGGUUGACACCUGGGCUUGAGGGCCCCGGAGCGGAACCGGAGAAUCCUUGGACCCGAGCCAUUCGCAAGUGCAGCGAUGCCGCACGGCGCAACCUCCGCAUCGGCAGACGGCUACAAAUCAUCAGCCCCGGCCAGAAGCUGCUCGUGCAGGACCUCCAUCACAUCUUCAAUGCUGCCAUCAUCCUUCUGAUGCAUCAAAUCCUCUUUGUCAACCAAAGAGUGUACGACAUGUUCCUCAUCGACAAGGCAAAGGAGGUGUUCAAGAAUGAGGCGAUGACGGGCAGUGACUAUGGGAAGGACUGUCACAACGUCCUCAACGAUCUGAAGCCCUUGGUCGAUAAGCUGCACGAAGUAAUUCACCGCAAGGAGCAUGAGCAGCUGUCUGUCCCCACGGAGAAGCAGCAGAGCGGAUCGGUGCAUAGCCCUGUGAACAGAGAGACCACACCGGGUGCCCUCUCGGGCCCGAUAACGGGCUCUCCGACGAAGCCGUAUCCCAGCCAUGUGCAAGGCUGGUUACAGAAUGUGAGACCUGAAGACGGUACCACGGUUGUUCAGGAGCUCAAGACAUGGCAGGAUGAUGACGGUAUGCAGGUAUAUAGACCGGGCAAUUCGCUUGCCUAAGACCAUGUUAUGUUGUUGGUUCUCUCGUGUCAUCCUUCUUGUCUUUGGCGUUUGGAAGUUCCCAUGUGUUGGACACCACGGAUGCACUUGCUUGUUAGAAGUCUCAUGAUACAAAUUGCACGGCAGGCAUUGGCACUAGCGAUUAUACCCCUUUACUUGAUAGAAUUAGCGUUAAAUUUGUUAGACCUCAAAGCAUCCUUUGCCUUCUUCGAUGACACAUUGGUAAAACUCCG